AAGUUGAGCCUGCUACAUGACAAAUACCCAGUAGUUAUAGGACACUCAUGUGAAGAUUAAAUAUUAAAUCAAUUGAAGGUGUUUUUCACUUGUUGAGCUUAACCUGCUAGAGACAUGGAGGAGAUGUUCAAAACACUUCCUCAGCACACUAGUAGCUGGUUGAAAGGCAAGCAAACCUUGUACAAGUAUCAAGACGUAUGGAACCAUGAAAAGUUCCAUGCAGGAGGAAUUUUAGCAAGACAAAGCUUCAAGGCGCGAUCAAAUGAUGUAUUUCUAUGUAGUUAUCCCAAGAGUGGCACAACAUGGCUAAAGGCCUUGGCUUAUGCCAUCGUAACCCGAAAAAAGUUCGAUGCAUCAACCAGCCCUUUGCUCACAACCAUGCCUCAUAACUGCAUUCCCACCCUUGAUAAAGAAAUUGAACAAAUUAUAGAAAAACACCCCAACACCUCACGCUUUGCACCCAUAGCCACACACCUUCCUUACAAUUCCCUGCCAGAAUCAAUCAGAGCUUCGAACUGCAAGAUAGUUUACGUAUACCGGAAUGUAAAAGAUGUCAUAGUUUCUUAUUACCAUUUCAUGAGAGAAAUAUACAAACUACCCAUGGAAGAUGCCCCAUUUGAGGAGGCGUUUGACGAGUUUUGUCAAGGCUUUUCAAUAUAUGGACCAUAUUGGGAUCAUAUCUUGGGAUACUCAAAAGCAAGCUUGGAGAGACCUGAGACAACUCUUUUCCUGAAAUAUGAAGAUAUGCAAAAGGAUCCUACAAGCAACGUGAAGAGACUUGCAGAGUUCAUUGGGUAUCCCUUUACAGCCCAAGAAGUGGAAGAAGGUGUGAUAGAAAGUAUUACAAAGAUGUGUAGUUUUGAGAAUUUGAGCAACUUAGAAGUAAACAAAACUGGUCUUCAAAAAGGAGAACGGUUCCUUGUGCCUGAAAACCGAUUCUACUUCAGGAAGGGUAAGGUUGGAGAUUGGGAGAACUACUUCACAGAUGAGAUGAUCGAAAAGAUUGACAAACUGAUUGAUGAGAAGUUGAGCUCCACCGGUUUAGCUCUAAAGUGAAAGGGAUCACACUGUUGGCUCAUGAUUUUAGUCUAUGCUUAAAGUUAUGAUUUUAAAUAAGUGAUGUUCUUGCUUUCAAAUAAGUGAGGGCUAUGUCUCUCUUUGAAUGGGUGUUUUCCAUCCAUCAUAAUGUGAUGUUCUUGCUUUCAAAUUUAAACUAUAUAUGUUGUUGUAUGUCUAUUAGUAUUGAUAGUUUCUUUGCUUUGCUUUU